AUGGCCGCUACCAACGGAGCUUCCAACGACUUCACCGUCAAGGCCGGUCUGGCCCAGAUGCUGAAGGGUGGUGUGAUUAUGGAUGUUGUCAAUGCGGAGCAGGCCCGCAUUGCUGAAGAGGCCGGUGCCGCCGCUGUCAUGGCCCUCGAGCGUGUCCCCGCCGAUAUUCGAGCCCAGGGUGGCGUUGCCCGCAUGUCCGAUCCCUCAAUGAUCAAGGAGAUCAUGGAGGCCGUCACAAUCCCCGUCAUGGCCAAGGCCCGUAUCGGCCACUUUGUUGAGUGCCAGAUCCUUGAAGCCAUCGGCGUUGACUACAUCGACGAGUCCGAAGUCCUCACACCCGCCGACAACCUCUACCACGUCACAAAGCACAACUUCAAGGCCCCCUUCGUCUGCGGCUGCCGCAACCUUGGCGAAGCCCUGCGCCGCAUCUCCGAAGGCGCCGCCAUGAUCCGCACCAAGGGCGAGGCUGGUACUGGCGACGUUGUCGAGGCAGUCAAGCACAUGCGCACCGUCAACGCAGAGAUCGCCCGUGCCCGCUCCAUCCUCCAGUCCUCGUCUGACCCUGAGCCCGAGCUCCGCGCCUUCGCCCGUGAGCUCGAGGCCCCCUACGAGCUCCUCCGCGAGGCCGCGGAGAAGGGCCGCCUCCCUGUCGUGAACUUUGCUGCUGGUGGUGUUGCGACGCCUGCUGAUGCUGCUCUGAUGAUGCAGCUUGGUUGCGAUGGUGUUUUUGUCGGCUCCGGCAUCUUCAAGUCCGGCGAUGCGAAGAAGCGCGCCAAGGCUAUUGUACAGGCGGUCACGCACUACAAGGACCCUAAGGUCCUGGCUGAGGUUAGCCAGGGACUUGGUGAAGCUAUGGUCGGCAUCAAUGUCUCGCAGAUGCAGGAUGCCGAUAAGCUGGCCAAGCGCGGUUGGUAG